GCAGCGGCUCCAGCCUCGCUCCGGGGUCCCUUUCGGGGCUGACGCCCGCAAAUAUGCAGAAUUACCGGCCUGGUCGCUCCUAGAGCCAGCGCCGGGGAGCGAGCGCGGCGGCGGCCAGCACCGGGAACGCACCAAGGAAGAGGCCCAGCCCCCGCCCUCCGCCCCUUCCGUCCCCACCCCCUACCCGGCGGCCCAGGAGGCUCCCGGCGCGGCGGGCGCGGCGAGCGCGCACUCCCUGCUCCUCCUCCUCGGUGGCGCUGCCUGCCUCUCCGCACUCGCUGCUCGCGCCUGGCGCGCUCCGUCGGCUCCCUGCUCUCCGCGCCACCCUCCUCCGGGCCGCGCUCCCUGAGGGAUGGUACUGAAUCUCGCCGCCACAGGAGCCCGGCUGGAGCGCCCGCCCCGCGGCCUCGCCACCCCGCCGAGCCGCCAGCGCCUCGGGACGCGAUGAGGACCUGGGCUUGUUUGCUGCUCCUCGGCUGCGGAUACCUCGCCAGUGCCCUGGCCGAGGAAGCCGAGAUCCCCCGCGAGGUCAUUGAGAGGCUGGCGCACAGUCAGAUACACAGCAUCCGGGACCUCCAGCGACUCCUGGAGAUAGACUCCGUAGGGGCCGAGGAGCCUUUGGAGACCAGCCUGAGAGCCCACGGGGGCCAUGGCGCCAGGCAUGCGGCGGAGAAGCGGCCUGUGCCCAUUCGGAGGAAAAGAAGCAUCGGUGAGCCCCAGGACUGCUGGGCCC